AUGUUAGGCAGUAAGCACAUCCAUACUACUGCAUAUCAUCCGCAAUCGAAUGGGUUGAUCGAACGCUGGCACCGAUCUUUCAAAGCAGCAUUGAUGUGUCAUUCAGAAGCAGAUUGGACAGAAUUGCUGCCAACGGUUUUACGUGGGCUUAGGACGUGUUACAAAUUAGACAUUGACGCAUCGGCAGCUGAUCUACACUACGGCGGGUAUAUUCGAUUACCAAAUGAAUUCUAUGACGAUUUGGAUAAACCAAUCAAUCCUCAAGAUUUCGCCAAGAAAUUUCGAGACUACAUGCGAAUGGUACGGCCGGUUCCAACAGCGCAUCACGUCAAGAAGAGUAUGUUCAUUUACAAACAUUUAACAGAUUGCUCGCUUGUUUUGCUAAGAACUGACGCAGUGCGGCAGCCUCUGGAGCCGCCUUAUUUGGGACCGUACGAGGUGGGUGAGCGUUCAAAUGAUAGAGUGUACAUCAUCAACAUAAAUGGAAGAAAGGUUGCGGUCUCAACGGAGCGUCUUAAACCAGCAUUUUUCAUAAAAGACUGCCCUGAAUCGGAGGUUUCGACCACAGUAAAGACAUAUCAGAGGAAUAAAAAAGUAAGAUUCGCUCCCGGUUUGGUCACUGGGAAGGGGGUAGAUGUGGCAACCUCUGGUGCCAUCUAUCCGUGA